UUUCAGAAGUUCUGUUAGGAAUCAUAAAUCGUAGUUCUACGCAGUAGUAACCCUAUAUGGCAGAUUACUGCCAUAUGCACAUGCAUAUUAGUGCCAUGGAUACAGUACACAGUGUUGGUGCAUAACAGAACAUUAAAUCCUACACUUGUAGCUCUUAUUAAACUCUAAUGCACCAUACAAGACUUCAAAAUGCAUACCUCAGUAUCUAAGAGCAUCACAAAGACCAGAAUUGUCAAUUAUAUCAUUGCAUGUGAAUUACAUUAAAUUACAUACUUAGGGUUGACUUUUAAACCCUGUUUUCAUUUUAAAGGUAUGUUAAUAUAUUUAGGCAGUAUGUAUCCUAGAUUUAUUUGUAGCCAGAAAACUGAAUUCUUAAAUCUUCCAGAAACACUCAGAAGGUGAAUAUUGGUAGUUAUGAAAACAUUCCUCUCCAAUCGGACACUUCAAAAGCCGUCAAAUCACUUCAAGAACAAACUCCAAAGACUUUUUCCUCACUCGUUUUGUCAUUUGGAUCGUGCAAUAAAUGUCCUUUUAAAAUUAGUCUCUACCGCAUGUUGUCUAUCCGGCCUAGUGUGUGCGGUUACAGCCCUGAGCACAAUAUAAUAUGAAUACCUCAUUCAUUAGUAAUCAAGAGCCAUUUGAAUAAGUGCAAUUCACCAGCGGGGUUUUAUAGCUUUCCGUCACGCGUGAUCCUAAAAUAACCUGGCGUCAACGUGUCCCCGGUCCCGUCGUUUUGAACCGCAGCACAUGGUUACAUUCCAGUUCAUAAAUCCGGCGCCACAGAUAGUGUAGUUCCAAUCAGGCACACAUGCACAUCCGACCGCGGCGGCUGCCUGCCUCUGCAGCAGGAACGGGAGACAGAGUCACAGAUCGCCGCUUUGCACGGGGGGGGGGAGGGAUGGCUUGAGAUGAAACAAAAAAAGGCGCGGGUGAUCAAUAUCUGACUGUCUCGUUGCAAUUUGCUGCAGUGCUUAACAGGUAUAGAGUGUUUUCAUACGGAUUGACUAACCUAGGCAGCGGAGACACGUGUCACAUGUGCUUCUUAGGAAGAAACGGGGCAUCUGCGAGCAGUAUCUGGAAGAGAAUGCUGCGACAAGUGAUACACAGAGGACUGAAAGCUUCUUUCUACUGGUUGGGCUUGUUUGUUAGUAGGCAUCCGGUUUUUUUCCUCACUGUCCCCGCAGUCCUAACGAUCAUUUUCGGAUCCACGGUGCUCAGCAGGUUUAAGCCAGAAACGGACCUUGAGAUACUGGUUGCCCCGACGCACAGCCUCGCUAAAAUCGAGCGGAGUCUCGCGAACAGCCUUUUCCCCAUCGACCAGUCGAAACACAAGCUGUACUCGGACCUGCACACUCCCGGUAGAUAUGGCAGGCUCAUCCUGCUGGCGAAAUCCGGGGGAAAUAUACUGGAGCUGGCAGAGCAGGUCCUUCAGGUGCACAAGAAGGUUCUGGAUUUGCGGGUCAAUCACAAAGGGUUCAAUUACAGUUUCGCGCAUCUCUGUGUCCUGAGCCACCGGGAUAAGCGUUGCGUUCUGGAUGACAUAAUUACAAUAUUUGAAGACAUUCGCUCCGCUAUACUUUCCAAUGGCACUUUUUCUAAGGUGUCAGUGAGCUAUCCAAAUACGACGUUAAAGGAUGGCAGAGUGGCCUUCAUUGGCCACCAGCUGGGCAGUGUGGUCCUGUCCCCUCACAGCCGAGAACAGCAGGUAAAGUCUGCCCGUGCCAUCCAGAUCACCUACUACCUCCGCGACCUGGGCGGCGUGGUCCAGGACGCCAUUGCCGAGCAGUGGGAGAGGGAGUUCGGGGAGCUGGCGGGCCGCCUGGCCACGGGCAGCACAGACCUGCACGUGCAGUCGCUCAGCUCCCUUAGCCUGUGGCGGGACUUCCACGGGGCGGGCGCGCUGGCCAAGGGUGAGGUACUGGUGGGCCUAGUGCUGGUGCUGCUGACCGCCACCGUCUCCAGCUCCAUGCGCGAUUGCCUGCGCAGCAAGCCGUUCCUGGGGCUCCUGGGGGUACUCACCAUCUGCAUCGCCAACGUCACGGCCGCCGGGAUCUUCUUCAUCUCCGACGGAAAGUUCAACGCCACGCUGCUUGGGAUUCCCUUCUUCUCAAUGGGUCAUGGAACUAAAGGGGUGUUUGAACUCCUGGCUGGCUGGAGGAGGACCAGAGAGAACCUGCCCUUCAAAGAACGUGUGGCUGAUGCGUUUGCUGACGUUAUGGUGUGCUACACUAUGACCAGCUGUCUCUACAUCAUUACCUUCGGCAUGGGCGCCAGUCCUUUCACGAACAUCGAGUCUGUGAAGGUGUUCUGCCAGAGCAUGUGCGUGGCCAUCCUGGUCAAUUACUUCUACGUCUUCUCCUUUUAUGGCUCCUGCCUGGUGUUUGCUGGCCAGCUGGAGCAGAACCGCUAUCACAGCGUGUUUUGCUGUAAGAUCCCUUCGGUAGAGUACCUUGACCGCCAGCCCACAUGGUUCAAAACCAUGAUGAGUGACGGUCACGAUCUGUCCACACACCAUGACAGUGGACCAUACCAGAACCACUUCAUUCAGCACUUCCUGAGGGAGCAUUACACAGAGUGGAUUACCAACACAUACGUCAAGCCCUUUGUGGUAAUCCUCUACUUAAUUUACGCCUCUUUUUCUUUCAUGGGAUGUUUACAAAUCAGUGAUGGCUACAAUAUAGUAAAUCUGUUAGCCAGCAAUUCACCCAGUGUAUCAUUUGCCAUGACUCAGCAGAAAUUAUUCAGCAACUACAGCCCAGUUAUAGGCUUCUACAUCUAUGAGCCCAUUGAGUACUGGAACUCUACAGUUCAGGAGCACCUCAAGACUCUAGGCCAGGGUUUCAAUAAGAUUUCAUGGAUUGAUAAUUACUUUAAUUAUUUGAAGGUAACAAAUGUCAGUGCAUCAACCAAAAGUGAUUUUACAAACAUUCUCAAGACUUCUUUUCUGAAGAGCCCAGAGUAUCAGCACUUUACCGAGGACAUCAUUUUCUCAAAAAAUAGGGAUGAGUAUGACAUCAUUGCAUCCAGGAUGUACUUGGUUGCCCGAACCACUGAGAAGACCAGGGAGGAGGUGGUGGAACUUCUGGAGAGACUCAGACCACUCUCCCUCAUAAACAGCAUCAAGUUUAUUGUCUUCAACCCCACCUUCGUAUUCAUGGACCGCUACAGUUCUUCAGUUGUCUCCCCAAUUCUCACCUCAGGCUUCAGUGUCCUGACCAUCCUUAUCCUCACUUUCUUCCUUGUCAUCAACCCCCUGGGGAACUUCUGGUUGAUCUUGACCGUCACCUCUGUGGAGUUGGGUGUCCUCGGCCUGAUGACGCUUUGGAAUGUAGACAUGGACAGCAUCUCUAUUCUGUGCCUUAUUUAUACUCUCAACUUUGCCAUGGAUCACUGUGCCCCGCAUCUUUACACGUUCACACUCGCCACUGAGCACACCCGGACACAGUGCAUCAAGAUCUCGCUCGAGGAGCACGGCGCGGCCAUUUUGCAGAAUGCCUCAUGCUUCGUGAUCGGGAUAAUGCCCCUGCUUUUUGUGCCUUCAAACUUGACCUACACACUGUUCAAGUGCUCUCUCCUCACCACCGGCUGCACGGUGCUGCACUGUUUCGUCAUCCUUCCGGUGUUUUUGACUUUCUUCCCUCCUUCCAAGAAGAGGCACAAGAAAAAGAAACGAGCCAAGAGGAAAGAGCGGGAGCGGGAGAGGGAGGAGCUUGAGUGCAUCGAGGUCAGGGAAAACCCUGACCAUGUGACCAGCGUCUGAGAUAUGGUUGAUGUGUCCGAGCUUAUGGUGAAACAAGGAGACCAUGUCCUGUCCAGUAGGGGGCGAUGUCAUGUAGCACUUCACAGGUCCAAGGAGGGGUCCAAGUGGGCUACCCUCUCUUCAGCAGGAUGGUCUUCAACAGCAGACGACAGCCUUGCUGACCGUAGUGUAGAACGUCUUCUUAACGUGCAGCCUUUACCCAGAGCAGUGUAGAGCAUCUGUAGCCGUGCAGCUCUCAUGCCGGUUCACCCGACGAGCUGCCAAAGCCGUCUGGGGAAGAAGAAAUUGGAAAAUACAGUGAUCCAAGAAGCUUGUAGUGUAGUCCAUUCUAAAGCUGUAGCAUGAAGGGAAUGGAUAUUUUGCUUAAUAAUAUUUUAUUGUUAAGUGGGUUGCAGUGAAAACAUUCCCAUGGAUGUGUUGAUAUUUAGUGAAUGCAGUAGAACUAAUGCUGAGUCUUAAAGAGUCAGAAGGCUGCUGCUUAUACUGCGCUUCUCAUUCAUGCCUGAGUAUGGGGGUAUAUCCUAAACGCGCUGCAAACCUUAGAAAUGAAGAGUUGGACAGCUAUAUUCCAGAUAACUAAAGAUGUAUUUUAUAGGCAAAGUGUAUAGAUUUAAGAUCCAGUUAUUGUCUUGGUUAUUAAAUCCAAAUACAUAUGUGCAAAUGCACAUGAAGAAGCAUUUAAACAGGUAGCAUGUCAUCCGAUUUCAUUGAAUAGCCGAGCGGAGCAAGGCAGAUGUUAUACACUGUUCAUUCUGCACAAAUUUAAUAGGAAGGUACUAUUGUUAAGAUGCAUUUUAAGCUGCAAUCUGUUAUAAAAAGUCUAGUUUUCCAUGAGAUUAGCUGUAGGGCUAAUACAUGAAAUCAAGCAUGUGCUAACAUAACUGAAAAUGAGCCCACUGUUGAAUCAUGCGUAAUUUAACUGUGCGUGUCUAGGACAGUUUCUAAAGUAAAUAUACUAAUCUGCUUUUUUUAGAAAAGCAACAGCACUCGAAUCCUUUGGUAAGUCCCCUAAGAAACAUGACUGCCACAAGGCACUGAAAGUGCCCUAGUUAUUUUAAAGGUUCAGAUUUCAAGGCAAGCUGAAUGCUGAAUCAUGUAGGUGGAUUGAAAAAUAGCCCAGCUGUUGAGUAAUGACAGUGUGUGGAUUUGGAGUUUCAUAAUACCUGUCCUAACGAUCAGCACACCGCGCUACCCAUGAUCAAUUAUCAGUUAUCAAUAAUCAAUUGUUUAUUAGACCAUUUAAGUUCACUGUAUUAUCAAACUUAAGUUAUUGCUUUCACAGAAGAGACACAUACAGGACAGCUAUGUCUAUGUGGAGUCAAAGUAUACAAUGUUAGAAAUAGAGUGUUGUCAGGCCUAAUUUAUUAAAUUUACAAUGAGA